AUGAUGACAGAAAAAUAUUGUACAUUACCAUCAACAUCAUCAUCAUCAUUACAUUACUCAACAAUAUAUCAUUCACCAAUAACAAAAAAUCAUAUACGUGAAAUAAAAAAUCGUCUUCAUUCUAACAAAAAACAAAAUUCAACAUUAUAUGAACAAAAUAAUAUGAAAUUAUUAAUUGAACAACAACCAACAAUACGGACAUAUUCAUUAUAUGAUAUACAAGAACGUAUUAAUUAUUUUGAAAAGAAAAAAAUAAUAACAGAUGAUAUUGAAAAAAUUUCAAAAGAAAAAAUUCUUUCUAAUCCAUCAUUAUUAUCAACAUCAGCUGAAACAUUACAAUCUGUUAUUGCUAAUACAUUACAACAAACAUUUUUUAGUCAUGAAUCUUAUGGUAGUGCAUUAUCACGUACCAUGAUGAAUUCAACAAUCAAUGAUAAUUUUCUUGGUAAACGUCGAAGUCUUUCGACUAGUCAUCUUGUUGGUUCAAAUGAUCAAAAACCAUCAAAUCGUUAUUAUCCAUCAUUACCUAAACGUGUACGAACAUAUUCUCUAUCAAAUCAUUCAACUAUGGCUAUAACAGCAACAGCAACAUUUUCCGAAGAACAAAAUACUGAAUUACAAGAAACAAAUAGUAAUGAUUAUGAAAAUACAUAUUUUUAUCCAGAAGAAACAACUAGAUUAGAUGAUGUUUUAUCACUUACAACAAUUACAUCAAAUUUUCAAGCUAAAAUAACUAAUACACAACAUGAUGCUAGUGUUUAUUCGUCAGAUACAACUGUUUUUCAAUCAGAUACAGAUGAUAAUUCAGAAGUAAUAAAACCUGUUGUUAAACUAUAUAAUAAUAAAAAUGAUAUUAAUAUGUCGACUGAUUUGCAAAAUGAAAAUAUCAAGAAUAAUGAUGAACAGCUUAUUCGAAUACGGCUUAAUUUAACACCAUCAGAUCAUGAUUUUACCGGUGUAGUUCAUGCAACAAAAUGUACAGUUGUUAAAGAACAAGAAUGCUUAUCCGAUUAUGACAAUGUUAAUCACUGUUCUAAACAAAACAAUACGAUAAGGUCAAAUAUAGACAAUGUCUCAUUAAAUAAAUCGAUGACAUCGUCUUUACAAUAUGAACAUUGUCGAAAAAUUUCUACCGAUGAACAACUAAAUCAACAAUCGAAACAAACAAAUGAAAACGAAAAUAAUAAUGAUGUUUAUAGUCAAGUAAAUCAACAAGAAAUUGUUCAUUCAAUAAAAAUGAAUAAUCAUAUUGAAAUGAUAGCACGACAAGAAGAAGAUGAUGAUGAUGGACAUUAUUCAGAUGAAUCACAUUAUUCAGAUGAUUUAAGGUACUCAUCGGAUGCAGCUCGUAACAGCUGUGCAAGUGACGAUCUUAAUAAUGCAAGUUCAACAUUACGUCAAGAAGCUAUUUCAAUAACACGAGUUCGUUGUAAACGACGUAAAACAUGGAUACGUUCACCAAGUUCACCAUCACGAUCUUCUACCAAUAAUAAUAAUAGUAGUACAAAAUCAACAAGUUAUCUUCAACAACAUCGUUUAAAAGCAAAUCUUAUUCAACCGUUUUUAUCAAAUAAUCUAGUUGAUGGAACAGAUGUUCUUCAAAAUGCAAGCGUGAACUCAACAAUAACAACAAAAACAGCUAUAGCUGCGUCUACUGUUCUCAACCAAACACGUGUUAAAGCAACUGCAGCAACGAUGUUGUUACACAAUAAUUCACUAGACUGUAUUAAUAAUAACAACAACAAGAAUGGUGAAACGUCGUCUUAUGACUUCAUAUCAUUAAAUGAUGAUUAUCAUUCAAUAAAAACAGAUGAAUCACCCCUAUCAAAAACAACUAGCACACUUCUCAAAGAUACAUCAUCAUCAUCAUCAUUAUCCAAGGUUAACGAUUUUUAUCAAUCAUGUUUAAGCCCUGUUAAACGUUUAUUAAAUGAAAGUAUAGAUUCAAAUAUUGAAAUCAUCCAAAUGGAUGAACAAGAAUGUAUAUUAGAAAUAGUUGAUGGUGUUCUAACAAUUGUACCAAAAGAUAAAUCAAUAUCAUCAUCAAUAAGUAGUAAUAUAGAAAAAAAUUCAGAACAACAAAAUAUUAAUUAUAAUUCUCCUAAACAUCAAAAACAACGUUCAUCAUCGGUUGCAUCAUCAAUUUCAACUCCAUCAUUAUCUGAACACGAACAAGAACGUGACGAUUCCUCAUCAUCCUCGUCCUCCUCAUCCUCAUCAUCACCAUUACCAUCAUCUUGUUUAUCAUCAAAACCACUUGUAAAUUCACAUGAUGUUCCAUUAAAAAAACCUUUAUCACCUAUACAAUCUGAACAAUCAAAUGAUGUUCUCGAUUUAUUUUCUUCUCCAAUGAUUUCAAAUAAUAAAAUUAAAAAAAAAAAUUUACUUGAUGAUUCUUUAUCAUCAGUUUCAUCUGGUAGUGAUCGUCCAUCUCAAAUGAAAAAGCAAAAAUCAAAUAUUCCACGCUCAUCGUCACCGAUUAAUAAUAAAUCUGCAUUGCCAUCAAUCAAAGGUAAAAUAAUAACAACAACAAAAAAAAAACAACAUCGUUUCACAAUCACUCCACCAUCAUCCAUUGAAAAUCAAACUCGUUCAAAUAAAAAUACUGUUCUUACUCAAUUACUUCAAACUGUUAAGAGAUCUUCACCCAACAAGGAAACAGACUUUGAAAAAUCCCAAACUAAUCAUCCAAAAGUUGAUACUGUUAAGAAAACUUCAACAAACAACGAAACAAAUAUUGAAACAUCAAAAACUGAUUAUCCAACACUUAAAACUGAACCAACACCAGUUCCUAAACCAAUUAAUAAAACUCGUAUAAACGAAUUUGCUUCUCUUUUAUCAUCAUCUGUUCAUUUAUCUCAACCACAAUCAAUUAAAAAAUCAACAACAUCAACAUCAAAAGUAAUAUCAUCACCAACACGUUCUGAAGAUCAAAGUUUUUCAUCAGUACCAUCCUUAAGUAGUGAUCGAGACGAACGUGAAUCAUAUCAUACAGUUAAAUCAAAUAAUUCAGAACAAGAACAAAUUAAAAAACAUAUUGAUGCACGUUAUAAUGAUAAAUUAGAUGAUCGUGGUUCAAUUAAUAUUAAAACAGCUAAUAUAAAAGCUUUAUUUGAACAAAAAAUUUUCGAUACAAACAAAACAUUAUCUCAAUCAAGUGAACAUUUACCGUAUUUACCUGAAGUUAAACAACAACAUAAAAAGAUACCUAUUAGUUAUGGAAGUUUAAAAAGAAAUUUACCAAAUCAUCAACAAACAAUACCAAAUAAUCAUAGACCAAAGUCCUAUCACGAUUCUUACACAAUGAAUAAAUAUACUGAUCAUAUUGUUGGAACAAAAGAUGUUGUUAUUGAAGAUAAACAGCCUGAAAAUGAUUAUGGUAACAAUACUCGUCGAAAUAAUAUUGAACAAACGAUUCGUCCUACUGUUAAUUCAUCAUCUAAUUCUCCUGUGUCCACAACAAAUGCUGGUUAUGUCGAAUCAUUAAUUGCUCGAGAAAUACGUGAAACAAAAGAAAAAGAAGACGAAUUAAAACGUCAACGAAAAAAAUGUGGUCGUCCUGAAGAUGGAUCUACUUCAAUAUUAAAUUCAACCAAUGAUUCAACUAAAUCUGAAUCAACAUUAACAACAAAUCAACCUACUAAAAGUAGUUCAUUUUUAUCUAAUUUAGAUUAUUUUACAUCAAAAGCAAAUGGUAAUUCAUUAAAUGAAUCAACAUCAUCAAAUUCAUCUCCACGUCGUUCAAUUGCUUUAGCACAAAAUAUUAUUUAUGAUUCUAAUAAUUCAACACCAUCAAAUAUUAAUCGUCAAUCAUCUAAUGAUGAAUUUAAACAAAUGACAAAUGUUGUUUCUCAAGAAUUAAAUCGUUUUAAUGAAAAUGGUAUUUCAAUAAUUCGUACAAGUUCAACAAAUGGACCACUCUAUCGUUCAUCAUCAAAUCAAAAUAUUCUUUCAACACAUAAUACAAAUAAUAAUAAUAUAAUUCAACGUGAAAUUGAAGCUAUACGUGCUAAAGAAGCUGAAUUGAGACAAUUAGGUCGAAUUCAACAUACAAGUGACGAACAUGCUGAUCCAAGAAAAUAUCAAGAACUUAUAACAACAUUACCAAAAAGUCAAUCAAUUAAUACACUCUCAACAGGAAAAUUACGACGUGAUAGUGGAAAUCAACAAAUGUCACGUCAUAAUGGACCCAUGAUGGCAACAACAAAUGGAUUUUUAAAACCUAAAACAAAUAAUAAUAAUAAUAAUAAUAAUAAUAAUAAUAAUUCAUCAAUGUCAUCAGUACGUGGCAAAUUUCCAAGCCCAAAUCCUACAGCACCAAUUAUUAGUUCAUCAAAUAAAUCAUAUGAUUAUUCAAAAUUAUCAUCAACUGAUCGACUUGAAUUAGAAAAACGUCAAUGUCAAGAACGAGAACAAGAAUUAAGAAAACAACGUAAUUCAAUAAGUGCUAGUACAUCAUCAACAAAUACAACAAUCAAUGGUGAUUCAGGCAAUGUAUCACAAGACGAACAUGAUGAAGAUCAAGAACGUUAUUUCGAUAAAAUCGAACGAAUAAAACGAACAGAAAAUGAAAAAGCUCAUGCACCAUUAAUUCGUCCAACAAAAAAAUUCGAUAUGUCACAAAAAUGGGAACAAAUGAUGGCAAAUAAAACUGAUGAAUAA